CAUGGGUUUAGCUGUGUUGUUUGUUUUUGCUUUGCUUUAUGCUCAAACCAUUAAUGGUUUCACGGUUGAACUCAUCCACCCUAACUCUCUUUCAAACCCUAAUCGCAACCCUUCCAACAGUCAGUUCCAUUGGAUCCGGCUGGCGUAUAACCACACUCGCUCACGCGCCGCCUCUAUCCAAAGGCGCCUCAGCGGCGGCGGUUCAGCCAAAUUCAAGACCGAUAUAAAAUCGGAUGGGGGAGGAUACAUCAUGAAGUACUCCAUAGGUACGCCGCCGUUUGAAACCUACGGCAUCGCCGAUACCGGCAGUGACGUCACCUGGACUCAGUGCCAACCUUGCACUGAUUGCUUCCCGCAAAGCUUGCCGGUGUUUGAUCCGAAGCACAGCAAAUCGUACAAGGCGGCCUCGUGUGACUCAGAUGCCUGUGCACUUGUCGGCUCUAGCGCCGGCGAAUGUUCCAACGGAAACGUUUGCCAGUACCAGUUAACCUACGGCGACAAUUCUCAAAGUGUCGGUGACGUGGCGACUGAUACUCUCACCAUCGGCGAUUCCUCAUUUAAGAACGUGGUGAUCGGGUGCGGCCACCAAAAUAGCGGUACUUUCUCCGGCAACGCCUCCGGCAUUGUCGGUCUCGGAAACUCCGACAUCUCGAUCGUUAAACAAUUGGAUAAAGAUGUCGGCGGAAAAUUCGCUUACUGUCUGUCUUCUCAGCCUGAUUCCAAAAGCCAUAUAAGUUUCGGCAAAGACGCCAUUGUUAAGGGUACCGGUGCCGUUUCAACUCCCUUCUCCGUAAGCCCUGCGCAAUCUACAUUUUACUAUCUCUCCUUAGAAAGCAUCAGCGUCGGCGGCCAAAGCUUCCCAUUGAAGAAAUCUGUCUCUUCUAACGUUGGUGGUCGGCGCGCCGGCAUUAAAGAAACCUCGGUGAAUGGCAACAUUAUCAUUGAUUCAGGAACCACGCUGACAAUCAUCCCGUCCGAUACGUUCGAUAGUUUGAAAUCGGAAUUGAUGAAACAGAUCCCGGAGACUCCCAUAGACGAUCCUCAAGGCGCAUUCGGUCUAUGUUACUCGACAAGUGACAAAAUUGAGGUGCCAAAAAUUGUUGCACAUUUUUCUGGCGCUGAUGUAGAGUUGUCACCUCGAGGAUCAUUUCUUGAAAUAGAAGAAGGUAUCUCUUGUUUCACUUUAGUUCAAAACUCAGAUUUCGACCUUUCUAUCUUCGGUAACCUGUCCGAGGUAGAUUACCUUGUUGGAUACGAUUUAGAGGCGCAGACUGUCACCUUCAAGCCUACCGAUUGCUCCAAAUAUUAAUAAUUAAGCUUUAAUAUAGCUGGACAGCCUCGGCUAGUUUGAUCUAUUUAGCAUUGUUUCAGUUUACAUUUUAAUACAUAUAGUGUUUUGGACGGUAAUCUUUAAUUCUACAAGUUUUAUAACAUCAUUUUA